AUGUCUAUUGAUAUAUCUACAGUUGAUCAAACUUUGAUGAUGGUUGAGGAUAAGGUUCCUAGUUUAAAUGGUGAUAAUUACAAAUCCUGGAGAGAGGCUGUCCUUCUUCAUUUAGGGUGCAUUGAUCUUGACUAUGCUCUUCGUAAGGAAGAGCCACCUACACCUACAGAUACAAGUUCUCAAGCUGAGAUUUCUUUGUAUGAACGGUGGGAGCGAUCCAACCGUUUAAGCAUGAUGUUUAUCAAAUCUCACAUUACGACUAGUAUCUGUGGGUCGAUACCAGAGUGUGAAAAUGUCAUGGAUUUGAUGGAUGCAAUUCAUGCACAGUUUGAAACAUCAGACAAGGCAUUAGUUGAGAUCCCUUCAGAUGGUGAUUAA